UUGUCCGCUCUGUUCUUCCACAGAAUAUGGGUGCCCCCACCCUUCGCCCGCUCUGUUCCUCAGCAGAAUAUGGGUGCCCCCACCCUUCGCCCGCUCUGUUCCUCAGCAGAAUAUGGGUGCCCCCACCCUUCGCCCGCUCUGUUCCUCAGCAGAAUAUGGGUGCCCCCACCCUUAGCCCGCUCUGUUCCUGCACAGAAUGUGGGUGCCCCCACCCUUCGCCCGCUCCCCCUCUCCAUGAUGCAGCCUCCCCCUGUCACAGUGCACCCCCUGCUGGAGCAGGGUCAGGCGGCUCCAUUGUCCCUCAGACAGAGGGUCCCCCGGGCUGAGUGAUGGCGGCGGAUGACAGCGGGAGCGUCAUUCUGCGUAACCAGCGCCAUUCCCCUCGGAGCCGCCCUCAUUGCCUUUCCUGGCCGCGCCGCCGGUGACCGGGGCCGGGUAUAUAAGUGGCCGAGCGGCGCUGAGGAGGCGCAUUGUGCUGAGCCGCUCCGUGUGACUGCACUCCUCACCGUCCGCCUCUCUCAUGCGGCUACCGACCAUGUCCAGCAACUUCUUACUUGCGCCAAUCCCGGAGUCUGCGGAUUAUUUCACUGUCCGGGAUAUAAAAAUGGCUGUGAUGGGGGCAAGCAGUGUGGGCAAGACCGCAAUGAUUGUCCGAUUCCUCACAAAACGAUUUAUUGGAGACUAUGAAUCUAAUACUGGAAACCUGUACUCCAGGCUCGUGAGCGUAGAAGGAGAGCACAUGUCUGUGCAGAUCCAGGACACUCCGGGUUAUGUCACGGUGGACGAUGACGUGUCGCAGGUGGCAGAUAUGUUGCGGUGCGUGCAGUCAUCAGAAGGCUUCCUAUUAGUCUACUCCAUCACAGAGUACAGGAGCUUCGAGUACAUACGUCACCUUCAUCAGCACAUCCGAAAAGUCCAUUCCGACACUAAGACUCCCAUCAUCCUAGUGGCCAAUAAAGGGGACCUCCUCCACAUGAGGCAAGUGCGCUCGGAGGCCGGGAUCCAGCUCGCCAGUGAACUGGGCUGCUCUUUUGUGGAAAUUUCCACCAGCGAAAACUGUCAGGACGUUUGUGAUGUGUUCCAGCAUCUCUGCAAAGAGAUCAGCAAGCAUCAGUCCAGCAGCAACGGAGAGAAAAGACGAGGCUCCAUUAUCCCCCGACCAAAGUCCCCAAACAUGCAAGACCUAAAGCGACGCUUCAAACAGGCGUUGUCGCCGAAAGUCAAGACCCCCUCUGCCAUGGCAUAGCCUGGAACCUGUGGACUAAAGACUUAUUUUCUACAUUUUACAGAGUAAUUUAUUUUUGUAUGGACUUUGCAGCGUGUAUGUCGGCAUGCAUACAUCAUAAAUCCGUAUUUAUUUAAUCGUGACGUGUCUG